GCAUGUUACAAUCAAUCUACAGAAAUGAUCAUACUUGCCCCAAAUUCCAGCCUUAAAUUCUUCAAGAAAGAAGCGAAAGCCAAAUUGGACAAUCGACGAAACAGGGGAACUUGCCUUAAGUCAAUGGAUACAGAUACGCUUCAUUAAGGAAAAAAAUCAAAACCCACUACAGUUUCCCUUUGCCGCCCCUCCAUUAAUGAAGCGCCAGUACGAUCACUCCAUGGUCCCUCCAAUUUAUAGAGAAAGUUCUCAGCUUUCGUUUUGCCAGAGUAAACCCCAAAAAACAGAGUGUACUGAGAGUGAAAGCCUUACUCUGUUUUUUUACAUUUUUUUUGUUUACAAACAGAGCAAUGUCGAGCUCAUCAAUUCCCUUCUCCUCAUUUGCCGUUGUGGGUUUGAUCCUCCUCUUCGCCGCCGGACCCGCUUCCGCCCGGAUUCAAAUCCCGGCGAACGAAUCCGUGCCGGCGGCUUUAGUAUUCGGCGAUUCAAUCGUCGAUACGGGGAACAACAACAAGAUCCUUACUUCCCCUGCUAGAUGCAACUUCCCGCCCUACGGCAGGGAUUUCUACGGCGGAGUUCCCACCGGACGAUUCUCCAACGGGAAGGUCCCGUCCGAUUUCCUAGUGGAAGAGCUUGGGAUUAAGGACACCCUGCCGGCGUACAAGGACCCCAACUUGACGCCGGAGGAUCUACUCACCGGCGUUUGCUUCGCUGCCGGCGGUGUCGGGUACGAUGACUUGUCGUCAAAAACCGCGUCGGUGCCGCCAUUGAGCGAACAGCUGAGAGAGUUCAAAGAGUACGCAAACAGGGUGAAAGCUAUGCUUGGAGAAGAAGCGACGGCCAAGUUCUUGGCCGAUAGCGUAGUUCUAAUCGUUCUGAGUAGCAACGACAUAGCCAACACUUACUUCAACUCUCGCCUGCGGGAGCUCCAGUACGACUUCCCUACUUACGCCGACAUUUUGGUCAAAACCGCAACGAAAUUCGUUAUGGAUUUGUAUACGGUGGGAUCAAGAAGAAUCGGAGUGUUUGGAGCGCCGCCGCUCGGGUGUAUUCCAUCUAGCAGGACGGUGGCAGGCGGGUUAGAGAGAAAGUGUAGUGACAAAUAUAAUAAGGCGUCGCAGUUGUUCAACUCGAAAUUAUCUGCGGGUUUGAAUUCUUUGAAGGGAAACUUGGACGCUUCUGCUAGAGUCGUCUACAUCGACGUCUAUAAUCCUCUCCUUGAGGUCAUCAACAAUUAUCAAUCUUAUGGUUUCGAGGUAGCGAACAAAGGGUGCUGCGGGACGGGGACAAUCGAGGCAUCGGUGUCGUGCAACAAAUACAGCCCUUUCACUUGUCCCGAUGCUUCCAAAUAUGUAUUUUGGGACGGCUACCAUCCGUCGGAGAAGGCCUAUAAGAUUCUCGUCAGUCGGGUUCUUACCAAGUACGUGCCGGAACUAAUGUAGUAGUAGCACAGUCGCCGACCGACUUCGCCGGCCGGAAUCAGGGGAAAGACUUUACUAUAUAAUAUAUGAUAUGGUAAUAUAUUUAAGACUGUGUAAAAUGAUUGAUUGGUCGGUCAAACUGUCGGACGAUUCCUUGUCAUGUGAUGAACUGGUGGUGAAGAACCGGGGCGAAGCCAGGAUUUCAAGUCCGGGAGGCCAAAAAUAAAAUUUUCAAACAAAAUCAUGAUAUGGAAAUUUAUUUAUUACACGAUGCUAUUUGAAGGAAAUAAAAUUAAUCAAAAUAGUGUUUAAGCUAAAAAUAAGGUG